AUGCGAAUUCUGAUUGUGACCUUUAAAAAAUCAGCUGAUCUGUACGACCAUAGCCAAAAUGAGGGUUCAGCUUAUCGAUUUUACGUACUGUUUAAUUGGGGAGUGAGAAAGGUGCUUGGAAAGCGGUGUGAUUCUAUGGCGUACUUUCCACCAAAUUUACUGGAGCUCACACCUACGCCGAAUUACACUCCACAUUGUGUUGCUACUUUCGUGUAUACUGCGUCUGGUUUUCUGGUUAGGAAUGUGUCAUUCGUCUAUCUUGGCUAUUGGUUUGGCGUGUUUGUGGUGGUCCAAUACAAUGGUUUUGUUGUGUACGGCAGCGAUUAUCUUCCAGUGGUCAAGCGCCGUGAGAGCAGGCCGAGUGACGACCCGAGAAUUACAGAGGUCCAAGCAAUGGACAAUAUUACAUCCACUCGUGUUUCUCCAUUUAAUACAUUUAUUAUGGACGUCGGUCAUAUGUAUUCAUGUGAUAAAGCACGGAUUGAGCACUCCAAACGGCAUUGA